CACGAUAUUGUGCUCUGGGGUACGAUGCAUGGCGAGAGUGCUUUUUCGAGUCUAAGGAUAUGCUGUACACGGGAGCUUUGAUAUUGAAGGAUUAUGGAACCCAUCGACUUGGGUCCUAGACCCUUGCCUCGAGGAUCGUUCAGCUGUGAUCAGACAAGCGAGUGUCUUUUUGGUAAGAUGUGCCUAGGCUGAACGCAUGACCUCGCGUGCGAUGGAAACGACUCCGUGUCACAGCUCCCUAUCAAUCAUCAAUGACGUGAGUAACUUGUUUGUGACAAUUCACAUCUGUGGCGCAAUGGUCUAGCAAAGGAGCCCGCUUGUCGGCAAGACAUAUCUUAACAGAUGCGAUCGAUUAUAAAUCGCCCUUGCGUAGGACUGUUCCCCGACGUCUUAAAUAUCCUGCAGCCAUCAAUCCCCCUCAUAGAUCCCAGCGACAGUUGUCUGCAACCUUUCUUGGGCUAAGACAUAGAAAAUCAUGACCAACAACGAGUCCAGCGCUAUGCUUUGGGGGUCUCCUCAGGCGACUGGUGCAGCGUUUGACUUUAGGAGCGACGUGAUUACAACACCUUCCCGAGGCAUGCUGCUUGCAAUUUCCCGAACAACGCUCCAUGAUGAUGUCUACGGCGAGGAUUCGACAACGAGAGACUUUGAAGAGGAAAUGGCAAAGAUAUGUGGGCACGAGAGAGCGGCGUUUGUCCUCUCGGGCACAAUGGCGAACCAACUUGCCCUUCGCGCUCUCCUACACCAACCGCCCCACGCCAUCCUCGCCGAUACCAACUCCCACAUCAUCCACUGGGAGGCGGGAGGAGUUGCACACUUGUCGGGAGCCAUGGUUCAGGGGAUCCGCCCCAGAAACGGGCUCUAUCUCACCCUUGACGACGUCAAGAAGCACGCUGCUGUCACGGACGACGUCCACAAGUGUCCGACACGAGUGAUUAGCAUAGAAAACACCUGUUCAGGGAUAAUAAUCCCUUUGGAGGAGCUGCACAAGAUCAAGGAAUGGGCCUCGGCACAUGGUAUCGCCGUCCACAUGGACGGGGCGCGACUGUGGGAGGCAGUCUCAGCCGGGGCGGGUAGCCUGGACGACUUUGGCAGAUGCUGCGACGUGUUGACGGUGGACUUCAGCAAGAACUUGGGCGCGCCGAUGGGGGCCAUGGUCCUCGGCUCGUCUGGUCUGAUCAAGAGUCUGCGGCGGUUGCGCAAGAGCAUCGGAGGCGGCAUGAGGCAGGCAGGUGUCCUCGUUGCUGCAGCACGGCAGGCCGUUGUCGAGAACUUUGGACUUGGGCCCCGAGACUCCCGAGCUGUGCUUGAUAUCAGUCGGACUAUGGCACAGGAAGUCGGAAGAAUGUGGGUGGUGAGAGGAGGGAUAGUGCUGAAGCCCAUCGAGACCAACAUGGUUUGGCUGGACCUCGGAGGGUGUGGUAUCGAGACAAGCGAGUGGAACGAAACAGGGAGACGGUAUGGCAUCAGGCUCGAUGGGAAAAGGGUCAUGUUGCAUCAUCAAAUCAGCGACUGGGCGAUAAAGCGUCUGGGUGCUGUAAUGGAUGAAGUGUUGAGCCGUGUUAGACAGACGGCAGUGUUGGGUGUUGCGCCGAAAGCUCGACUGUAGCGUGCAUUGAAACGAGACAUGAUGUUAAUCAUCCCCAUAUAUUCUGUGUUGUAGAUUAAGCUGGUUUUUGAAAACAUUCCAACAUUUGUUGCAGUUUAUGUUGGCUAAAGUUAAAUACGACUUUCCUAAGCUUGGAGGUCCCAGACAGCCCAGGGGCCAUGUGCAUUCGAGAAGGAAGUGUGGGGUGGAUUCUGUGCCUGGGAAUCAUGGAACGGCCAAAAGAAGCACCGUUGCCGAGAAUUUUCACAGCGGAUCUCCAGCCAUGGCUGGUAUGCAAGCUUAACUC